AUCAUACGCCAAUAAUGUCAUAAUAUCUUAAUAAUCUAAAUCUAUGUACAUUAUAUUACAAAUUAUACUAAUAUUAUGGCCUUUCUAUUCGUGAAAAACCACUUUUCAUCAAGGCAAAUCAGAUACGCACAUGCCAAACCGAAGCCAACGAAAGAUAUUAAUCCCAGGAGGGUUUUUAAAGUUUAUAGAUACGACGGUAUUAAGACGACAGGUGCUCCCAAGAUGCAGUCCUAUGACCUCGACGUAAACACUUGUGGCAAAAUGGUACUUGACGCUCUCAUAAAACUAAAAGACAUGGAUCCGUCAUUGGCCUUCCGACGUUCCUGUCGAGAAGGUAUUUGUGGCUCCUGUGCAAUUAAUCUCCAAGGUAAUAACUGUCUUGCAUGUAUAACAGAAAUCCCACCAGACAAAACCAUUACAAUUCUCCCAAUACCUCACAUGUACGUCAUCAGAGAUCUGGUUGUGGAUAUGACACAUUUUUUCAACGCAUACAACUACAUUCGCCCUUAUUUGAUCCGUAAAUCUAAGGAGCCAUUUGGUGAACACCAAUACGCACAGAGUAUAGAAGACAAUGCGAAACUUACAGGAUUGUAUGAAUGCGUGCUUUGUGCAUGCUGUUCUACUGCUUGUCCAAGCUAUUGGUGGAAUGGAAGAAGGUUUUUAGGACCAGCUGCAUUACUCCAUGCAUAUAGAUGGGUUAUAGAUUCAAGAGAUGAGGAUACUAACUCGAGGUUGUUUGAUCUAAGAGAUGACUUCGCAGCGUUUAGAUGCCACACUAUUAUGAACUGUACUCUCGCCUGUCCAAAAGGACUACAUCCGGCACUAUACAUCGCGCAACUCAAGAGAUUGAUAUCAAAUGUGGACAAGAAACCUGCACCGGGUAUUGAUACUUUAAAACACUUUUCGGGGAAAUCUUCGGACUCUUCAUCAGGCUCUUGUAAAUGCUAAAUAAUGGUGAUAUUUUUAAUUAAACGAGAAUGUGUUCUGAAUAAAGCUUCA